GUGUUUGAUACAUAUUCCUAAUCGAAAUAAAAACUAAGGAAUAAUUGGAGAAAACAACUUACAACAAAAGAAAAACAUGGCCCCUCUUUCAGUUAAGGAAUUUGCCAUAUGAUCAGGGAAAUUAUAAAUUUCCUGCUAAUGCCAGGUUUUGGUAAUGUGCGCUGAUAUAACGACCAUCCAAACUUGAAGUCAGGAUGGUUGGGAGAAUUUAGUUUACUUGCCUACAGUUCGCUACCUCUGUUGACGUUCAUCUUGUAAUACUGUUUACGUCACAGUCAGGUGAUGAGCGAAUUGCCAUUGAGAGGAAAGCACGAGAAGUAGCAGAGGAAAGGUUAAGGAGAGUCAUGCAAGAGGCUGAAACCAGAGCGAGAGAAGCUUUGAUGCUCAGAGAGGAUCUGAUGAAGUCACGACAGGCUGAACGGUUGGCCAAACAAAAGCUGGUAGAAGUGACAACGUCACCAGAUGUAUUUUCUAGGUACAGUGAUCCUAGGGAAAUAAUUGCUGAUAUUGACCGCAGCGUGGAACAGUUAACAGAUGGGGAGGUUUCUCAGCUGUCGCGAGAGUACGAAAGAGAAAGACAUAGAAACAUUCAGCAACAGCUUCGGGAUCUCAAGUCCCAGAUGGAGGGAUUAAAGAUUGAUGAUAGACAAACGCGUUGGGAUUAUAUUCACGACGAAAAUCUUAGACGCGGGGAAAAUAAAUACUCUACGUUACAGAAAAUUCAAACUGGAACAUCUACAGCAAGAAUUCAGUUUUUUGAAGAGUUAUGAAAGAGAAGUUUCCCUGGUCUCUCAAGUAAUCCUGAUGCAAGAGAAAAGAGUACAGACAUUCUCCUAAUAUUUAAUUCAUUCCUUGACUGAGAUAUUUAAUCCAGAUUUCAUAAGAAGUCAUAUCCACCGAGAGAAACUCAUAAAAAGAGUCAAAUUUCAGUAGACAGCGAAAGUCGGUUUUAGCCUCAGUCACGUGAGACUUAUCAGAGCCUCCCGAACGUGUUAUGAUAAUGAUACAAUACAGUAAAUCAUCGCUAUCUGAAACUCCAUUAUCUCGAACUCCCCGCCAUUCUUGAACCCAAAUCACUGUCCCUUAGUAUACUUUUCAGUCACUUACUAUCGGUUC